AUGGUGAUUUCUAAUCUCGCAUCUGAUUCUCAAUGGAGCCGUUUCUCAUACCUUGGAGUUGUCUCGCUUCUCAACCUUCUGUUUUUCCUUCUUCUUCGAAGAAAGCUGAAGCUCCAGCUCAAAAAAGCGAUUGCGCCCAAAACCAACAAUGUUGCGCAGACGAAACCUCCUAAGGAAACUGCUCACAUUCCUAAUCUGGUGGAACAAGAGGAACCGACUGUUCCUGUUACUCACUCUAAAGAUUUUGUUGUGGAUGAAAUUCAGUUACAAGAUUUGAUCCUAGUUGCUAACCCUGAAGGAAAUUUAGAUAUACAAGAUGGUAUUUUCAAAGAUUGCAACCCAGAUAAUAAUUUUGAAUCAACUGCCACAACUUCAACCAGUUCUAAAGGUUUAUUUGUUGAUUCUAUGGUUGAGGUUUUUGCGGGGACAAAAAACAAAAAAGUUAACAAAGCUUUUCUUAAUGAGGCCUGUAAUUCUCUUCAAGGAAAUUUCGACUCCCAUUGCAAUAGGGAUAAUCAUCAGAUUGAAGUUGAUUCCAUCUGUUCGGAUGAAGUUCCUGAACAGGAGGACUUUCAACUUGUUAUGUCCAAGUCUCAGAAGAAGAAAAGUAAGCAAAGGAUUGUAGGUACUCCUUUUCCUAAUAUGGAGAAUAUUAUUCCUAAUUUGGUUUCUGAUCAGAUGAAUGUUAUGCUCACUGCUAGCCUUUCAGUGGAAGAAAUUAGAACCGCGGUUUUUAAUCUUAGUGCUGACAGCUCUCCGGCCCCCGACGAAUUUGGAGGAUUCUUUUUUCAACAAUACUGGGAGGUUUUGACUAACUUUGGUUUUUCUUACAAGUUUAAAAAUUGGAUUCAUUCGAUUCUGUCCUCUGCUUAUCUUUUGGUAAACAUGAACGGGAAGCUUAAUGGUUAUUUCACAUGUGGUAGGGGGGUGAGGCAAGGGGAUCCGUUCUCGCCUCUUCUUUUCUGUAUUGCCGAGGAAGUCCUUAGUAGAGGUACCAAUUCUAAUGUCAAUGCUCUAAUUUCUUUUUUCUCUACUUAUGCGGCUGCUUCAGGGCAGAUUUUCAGCCCUUCAAAAUCUUCUAUUUUUGUUGGAGGAAUGACUAAUUCCAGGCUUGAUGAGUUAAUUAGUCUUACGGGUUUCACUAAAGGUGUUCUCCUAUUCAACUAUCUCAGGGCGCCAAUAUUAAAAGGGAGAGUCAAAGUGAUUUGUCUUCAACCUAUCACCGAUAAAAUCCUUUCGAAAUUCUCGUCUUGGAAAGGAUCUCUUCUUUCGUUUGCGGGCAGGGCUAUUCUGGUGCAAUCUGUUAUUAAUUCCAUGUUAACACAUACUUUAGGUGUCUAUUCUUGGCCGAUUUACCUGUUAAAAAGUAUUGAAAAGGCUUCCCUAAAUUUCAUUUGGAGCAGUAACAUUAAUCAGAAGAAGAUGGUAACUGUUUCUUGGAAAAAAGUUUGUCAACUGAAAGUUAAUGGUGGUCUUAAUCUGAGAUCUCUUGUCUGUCCCAAUCAAGUGUCCAAAUUGAAAUUGAGUUGGGAUUUACUAAACUCUAGAGAGGAUUGGGCUGAAAUUCUCCGGAAAGCUUAUGCGUUCAAGUGUCAUCCAUUACCUCCUCCGCCUUGGGCUUCCUCAAUUUGGGAUUGUCACAUCCCUCCUUCCAAAUCUUUGUUGGUUUGGAGGCUGCAACAUAGCAAAGUUCCAAUAGAUGACCAACUCGUUAGACGGGGUUUUAACGUGAUUUCUAAGUGUUCUCUUUGCAACAAUUCUGCAGAAUCCAUGGACCAUCUAUUCUUCUCUUGUAACUUUUCUUUAUCCCUUUGGCAUUGGCUUUCUAAGCUUCUGCACCUGCACAAUAUUGUUAACUCUUUCGAUUUUUGGAAUACUUUUUCAAAAGCCUCUUCUCCUCAAGGAGUGUUUACAAUCAAAGUUGCUUGUAUUUAUACGAUUUAUUCCAUUUGGGAAGCCCAGAGUGUGAUUCGCUACUUCAACAUCAUCCCCAAUAUUGCAAAUAUCAAGGUCAACAUUUGUGCGCAAGUGAAGCUUAAUUGUGAUAUUUCUGAUUUAUGCUAUAUGCAUAACUUGUAUGAUUUUGAGGUGCUAAAGACAUUUCAAAUUACAAUCAAGCCUCCCAAGGCUCCUCUUAUUAAGGAGAUCUUUUGGGACCCCCUCUACCCGGUUGGGUGA